AUGCCGCCUUCAAAAGGGACCGGAGAUAAGAAGAGACAAAUCGCGGUUCCUCGUCCGAGCUCCAGUGUAAUUCUUGUCUCGCCCAAGAACGAGAUUCUACUUCUCCACCGAGUGCAAACCUCCAGUUCAUUUGCAUCUGCGCAUGUUUUUCCUGGUGGGAACUUAUCCAAGCAAGAUGGACCAUGUCCACCGCCGGAGGACUUCAAGCACCACGAUGAUGCCCCUCCAUAUCGCCGGGCUGCCAUCAGAGAGCUAUUUGAAGAGAGUGGCAUUCUUUUAGCUAAGAAUAGUAAAUCCGGAGAGCUGCUGUUCGUCGACGAAGCAGCCAGAGAAAAGGGCCGACGGCUCAUCCAUCAAAAUCAGAUGACUUUUGAUGAAUGGCUUAAGCAGCAAGAUGCAAAUGCUGAACCAGAUAUUGGUCAAUUGAUCCCAUUCACUCAUUGGGUUACACCCCCCAAUGUGCCCAAACGCUACACUACUCAAAUGUACCUCUACUUCAUGCCACUUCCUGUUAAUUUGGAUGAGAAGCUGCUUAGCAAACUUCCCAAAGAAGGCGAGCGAGAGGAGAUCCAGGUCCCGACCAGCGAUGGCGGUGUCGAGGUGACGGAAGCACAGUUUCUUCCUGCCUCGGAAUGGCUUAGCCGCUCGCAGAAAGGAGAGAUCAUAUUGUUCCCUCCACAAUAUCUUCUUCUACACUUGGUUUCGGGUUUCCUCGAUCAGGAUUCCCGAUCAAGCGCAUCGAUCGAACAAAUGGAGAAACGCCGAGCAGCUCUGGUCGAGUUUGUGCACUCUGGUUCUCCCCCGUGGACCGAUAUGUUCAUUUCUCCCAAGGUGCUGAAAAUGACGGACGACGGGCGGAGUGUGCUUGCACUGAAUGAACCAGGCCCUGAAUUGAAAGGCUCCGACCGGCAGGGUGAGUCGGAGCGAGUGGUUGUAGUGCGGUUCCAGAAAGGCAGCGUCAGGGAAGUUUCUGUUAGAUGGAAGAAAGACAUUAUGACAGAGGGACGUGAGAGCAGCAGUCACUUGUAA